AUGACGCUAUUCUCAAGGCAAACACUAGCCGGAUAGCUAGGCUAGUCAAUCGGUCUGUCUGAUAAUCUUACAGCUAUGAUUUAACCCCGUUAGAGAAUUGACCGAGUUAUGCUUUAAGUAUAAUACAGUUUACUAGAAUCAUCGACUCCAGUAGCUUUAGCGACUUUAGCUUCUUGCCAGUUCGCUGUGUGGCCUGACGUUAAAUCAGAGGCUGAAACAAACACCCAUUUUUCCUUUUGGAUCUGCUCAGUCUAGACUAGCUAACGUAGUAACAUCAACGUUAGCUCCAAAGCCACCAUGGCUGAAUUUGGCUUUAAUGAACACCAUCAGAAUGAAGUCAUCAAUUACAUGCGAUUUGCACGUUCAAAGAGGGUCCUGAGACUAAAGACUAUUGACUCAUGUUUUGAAGAACUCAAAGAUAGCAGGCUGGUGGACGAAACCUUCACAGUGGACGAGGUGAGGGAGAUGCUGGACGGGCUGCAGGUAGUGGUGCGUGGGGAGGUGGAGAUGGAGCUCAUCAACACAGCCCACACUAAUGUGCUGCUGCUCAGGCAGCUCUUUUCCCAGGCCGAGAAGUUUUACCUUCGACUGCAGAGUGAUAUCUCUGAGCUGGAGAACAGGGAGCUGUUAGAACAAGUGGCUGAAUUUGAGAAGACUGACUUUAAAACCGCUGAUAAGAUAAACCAGGAAACAGGCAAACCCAAGCUGGCACCACUGAAUGAAGGUGGGGUGUCUGAACUUCUUAACAAGGAGAUAGCAAGACUACAGGAGGAAAAUGAUAAACUGAAAGCCAGGCUGCGGACUAUAGAAACCCAGGCAAUGAGUGCACUAGAUGAGAAAACCAAGGCAGAGAGGGCUCUGAAGGACCUUCAGAAGGUGCAUGGUGAACAGCAGCUGGCUGCUCAAUCUCAGGAGAUCAGCAGCCUCGAGGACACAGUGGCAGCUCUGAGGGAAGACUAUGAAAGGUCUCUUAGUACCAACGCUGUCUCCCAGAAAGAUCUGCAGGAGAACCUGAUAUCUGCCAGACACGACCUUUUGCGAGUGCAGGAGCAGCUGUCAUUGGCAGAGAAGGAGUUGGAGAAGAAGUUUCAGCAAACUGCAGCCUACCGCAACAUGAAGGAGAUCCUAACCAAGAAGAAUGAGCAGAUCAAAGAAAUCAGAAAACGAUUGCAGAGAUAUGAGCCCAACGAAUGAGUUCUACCCAAGGCAGCUGGUUUUCCAGGUGUCCGGAGUGUAAGACGGGACCAAAAUACAUGAUGGUUUAAAGAAGAAACCAUCAUUUCCACUGCUGUAAGACAAGAGAGACAGAAAAUAGCACUUCCACGAGGAAUUGUUUAUUCAUGCUUUAUCUGGCAUCUUCAGUAGUUAUUGGCUUUUGUAAAGUAAACGGGAGCGGGGAGGUUGACAGUACACACAACUGAACACGCAAAUGAAGUAGUGACAAAUGAUAGCCUUCUUCAGCUGUGCUUUUUUUCUACGUCUCAAUUUGGAGCUCACGUACAGUAGCUAGCAGACUUCCCUCAGUGCUCUAUGCAAUUAUUAUCAUGUCCCUGUUUGAAGAGGCCUUGUCCAUUAGCUGAAUUUGACAGAUACGUACUGUCUGCCUGAAGCUUUGCAGUCUUAUCUAUCUGAUGGUUAUAGGUAAUAUUUAGCUUUCUAGCACCAGGUAAUUGAUUGUUGAUAUGUUGAUAUGAUCAGUCUUACUUUUAGAAGCCCGUUUUGUAGUCAAAAUUCAAACCUUAUUGAGCUAGACCCAGAGUUCCAAGCAAACCCUAAGCCAUUUUUUAAUUAAUAGUGAACAGUUUAAGUAAUGACCCUUUUGGUCAACCUUGCUUUAAUUUGUUACCCAAACAUUUAGUAGCAUUUCACACAACAAAUAUUUCCAAUGAUCUGACAUUCUGUGAAAGUCUGAUCAUUGAAAAUGUACCAAAUUUCUUGCAUUCAUUUUUUUUGCUCUUGCAUAUUAACUGACAUGGAUAGUGAUCUAGAAAGAUUUCCCUACACAAAGGGCAUAGAAUAUUUUUGUCUGGAAUCUUUAACUGUGUACUUUUCGUAUUGCUGUGGGUGACGGGGUGUAAGAAAAAAAUCUAUAAAUAUACAUGAUGUUCAUGAAGUAAUGCUCUUGUAGAGUAUGAUACAUCUACCUUGUAUUACACUAGAUGUGCAUUUGUUUGUAUUGUGCAACGUAUGGGGUAAUAAAAGCUGUUACCAAAUAAAU